CUUAAUCCAAGAUAAAUAUUACAUCAAUCGGGGGUGUCGUAGGACGCAGGCGCGGGCGGCUCGUCGGCCCAGUCCCGCACCGGCCGCGCCGCUGGCCGCACGUCGCGCGAUACGGCCGCGACACGCGCCUCACCUACACAGACACAGCCACGUGUGUUCAACACAUUGCGCUCAACGGUCUUCCGAGUGUUUAUAACAGUGAUUGUAUUAGUGCGGUGAACUAACCUAUAUAAAAAUGGCGUGGGGAUAUUGGUCGGCGUCGUCGGUGAUGCCCGAUCGCGGGCGCAGCCCACGCCGUGCCGGGACUUCCGCUUCACACGCUCAUCCUAAUCCACCGACCGCGCGGGAAGUGCUAGAGACGCACGAUGAAAGCAUUAUCCACACGGCGUCUACGUCACGGGAUAGUCGCGAGCACUCCGCUUCGCCGCAUUCCUCAUCAAACGGGGGACACUCGCACCACCAACAUGAGGUGCGGCACGCGGUGCCGGCGAGCGCGCUGUUCGGAGAGAGCUACGAGAUGUCGCGGCGGCCAUCUUUGGAUCUCGGCUCGGUGCGGAGCGCGUUAGGUUCCUGUGGAGGUGGAGGCACGUUAAGCGCGGGAUCCACAUUAACUCGCGGUGGCACGCUCGCCGAUUAUCUACCGCCCGCGCCGUGCCCGCACCACCACCGCGUCUACGUCGACCACCACAAACACUACGAGCAACCCAUUCAGCCCGUGCACGUGGGAGUGGCACACCAUUCCCACUCGCACGCCUCCAGCCGCCACCAUACCGACGACGAGGACGACCUCGAGCCGGCCUAUGCUACAGUGUUCCCGAAUGUGCCGCCGGCGCCGGGCAUGUCAUGCGCUGGAGAAGACCGCAGCAUAUACAGGCGCGGCGCCCGGCGGUGGCGGAAGCUAUACCGCGUCAACGGUCACAUCUUCCAGGCCAAGAGAUUUAAUAGACGCGCCUUCUGUGCCUUCUGCCAGGACCGCAUUUGGGGCCUGGGCCGCCAGGGCUUUAAGUGCAUCCAGUGCAAGCUGCUGGUGCACAAGAAGUGCCACAAACUCGUGCAGAAGCCAUGCUCCAGUGAGCAUGUGGACCCUGUGGAAAUCAAGGAUGACGCCAAUGGGGAGAGCACGCUGGGCCGAGCCUCGUCCGUCAGGUCUAGGGCAGACCCCGAGCCGCCGCUGCCGGACACGCCGCCCGCGCCGGCGCCGGCGGUGCGCGAGGACCUGGAGCCGGGCUCGCAGCGGCAGUACUCGCUCGACGACUUCGAGCUGAUCCGGGUCAUCGGACGCGGCUCUUACGCUAAGGUGCUGAUGGUAGAACUGAAGCGGACGAAACGGGUGUACGCGAUGAAGGUGAUCAAAAAGGCCCUCGUCACGGACGACGAGGACAUCGACUGGGUGCAGACCGAGAAGCACGUGUUCGAGACGGCAUCCAACCACCCGUUCCUCGUGGGGCUGCACUCCUGCUUCCAGACUCCUAGUAGAUUGUUCUUCGUCAUCGAGUUUGUGCGCGGAGGAGAUCUAAUGUUCCACAUGCAGCGGCAGCGGCGGCUGCCCGAGGAGCACGCGCGGUUCUACGCGGCCGAGAUCUCCCUCGCGUUACACUUCCUGCACGAGCGAGGCGUCAUCUACCGCGACCUCAAGCUGGACAACGUGCUGCUGGACCACGAGGGCCACAUCAAGCUUACCGAUUACGGCAUGUGCAAGGAGGGCGUCCGCCCCGGCGACACGACGUCCACGUUCUGCGGCACGCCCAACUACAUCGCGCCGGAGAUUCUGCGCGGCGAGGAGUACGGCUUCAGCGUCGACUGGUGGGCGCUCGGGGUCCUCACCUACGAGAUGUUAGCUGGACGGAGCCCCUUCGAUAUAGCCCAGGCUGCAGACAAUCCCGACCAGAACACUGAGGACUACCUGUUCCAGGUGAUCCUAGAGAAGACGAUCCGUAUCCCCCGCUCGCUGUCCGUGAAGGCCGCGUCCGUGCUGAAGGGCUUCCUCAACAAGAGCCCCUCGGAGCGGCUCGGCUGCGGCGAGAGCGGCUUCAUGGACAUCGUGCAGCAUCCCUUCUUCAAGAGCAUCGAGUGGGAGAUGCUGGAGCAGAAGCAGGUGGUGCCGCCGUUCAAGCCGCGGCUGGAGGGCGAGCGCGACCUGGCCAACUUCCCGCCCGAGUUCACCGACGAGCCCGUGCAUCUCACGCCCGACAACGACAACGUGAUCGCUGACAUCGACCAGUCGGAGUUCGAGGGCUUCGAGUACGUGAACCCGCUCCUCAUGUCCCUCGAGGACUGCGUGUGACACCACGCUUGCCUGCUGCACCCCUACCACGACCCCGCCAUGGCGUUCGGUUACGGCGAGUCGUCCUCGUCGGACUACGACUCGGUGUGCUCGUCGCUGCCGCCGCGCAAGCCCACGCUGCUGCAGCACAUGUUCUGUCUGCCGCUCAACUGACCCCGCCACGACUAACCGGUCACAACCCCAACCCCAACCCCAACCGGUUACACAUACCAAUUAACCGGUUUCGAGAUUUCGUUGUAGCUUUUUAAUUCUGCAGCACAUGUUCUGUCUGCCGCUCAACUGACCCCGCCACGACUAACCGGUCACAACCCCAACCCCAACCCCAACCGGUUACACAUACCAAUUAACCGGUUUCGAGAUUUCGUUGUAGCUUUUUAAUUCUGCAGCACAUGUUCGGUCUGCCGCUCAACUGACCCCGCCAAGACUAACCGGUCACUACCGUAACCGGUUACACAUACCAAUUAACCGGUUUGGAGUUGUCGUUGUAGUAUUUAUUUUAUUUCAAAAUUGUAAAUUGUAUUUGAGUCUGUCUAAGAUAACUUUGUACCGAAUUGCACAGAAAUUACUGUCAUUACCACACUUUUUCAUUGAAAAUGCCAUGCAGUUGGCUUGGUCCGUCUCUAGAAUAUGUCGUUUUAAUGUUGUAAAUUGCUUUUACAAUUCUAGGUUCUGAAUAGUCCCAGCAAAGAGUUAUUAAUAGUAGUACUGGUAUAGUCUAAUAAAAAUGCGUGCCUCGAAUUCGACAGGUGAACGGCACCGCACAUUACGCGGUUAUUCUCGUUGUCAAAACUUACCACAAAAUAUAUAGCGCCGUAUAACGUCAUCUUCAGCUGUCAAACAUCGAGGCACGAUUUUAACUUAGAAUACACGUCUUAUCCUAUCAAUGCAUCUUUGGUACUGGAAUGACAUGCUUCCGUUUACAUUAGAUGUGAGAUCGUGGCGACGUGUAUUUGCAAAAAGUGAUUCUUUUGUACUUACAUACUUAAAAUUAUAAAACAAAUUUAUUUUAACCGGUUGGAAAACCUCGAUGGAAAGUGAAUUUUGAAAUAAACCAUUGUUGAAAAACAAGUAAAAAUUAAAGUAUUAAUAAGCUAGUGACAAUUGUUACACCAAACAAAAAUUAUACAAAAGUCACAUUAAUGUGUGGCCAUGGUGGCCAAGCUGGCCAAAGUUAAAACUUGGAAUCGACUUAAUAUUAAUUUUGAAGAAUGCCUCGAGCGUGUAGCGGACAAAGGCUUGCCUUGUUAUAUGAUACGGUUCGAAUGUAAAGUCAAUUGUAAAACAUGAUAAGCGACGUAUCUUCAAGCCUAAUAUUUAAAUUUCUGGCUGUUACAGACUGAAGUGAAAAAAAUAAACCAAACGAUUUCAGAAUUUAUCUAAAAUUAUAUAAAAAUGUAAAGCUUUAGAUUAGAUAUUACUUGUGUUCACUAUUAUUUCUUCACCUCAGAAUAUUUGUAAAGUAUGUUUUUGUGGUUCCGUGACCCGAAGAGUAUAAAUAGAAAGUAUUUACAUAAGCACUUAGCUCCAAAAAAAAUAAGUAUAAAUCUGUCUAAAUAAUCUAACAUG